CUAUUAUGUCUUUUGGGGUUAAAGAUAAAACACAUAACAACAAAUCAGUAUCAAAUUUUACCUGUAUAACAGUAGUAAAUAAGUUCUGUGUAGUGUCUAGAUGUAUACAAGUGAAAAAACAAAAAAACAGUAAUGGCAAGCCUGACUCGCUGAAGAAAUUAGUAUGUAAUGGCAAGCCUAUACUCCACAUUUGGAGACAUUAGUUCAAAGGUUGAUAAUCUAUGUUUAAGUGAUAAUUAUGUAUGUUCAAACAUAUUAAAUAUUCAUUAGUUAGAUGUAAACAUCAAAUAUAAGUAAAUUAUUAUCUUAGUGCAUAUUUGUCACAUAUUUUUGCUUUAAAUUUGAUUGUGGGAAAGGUUUCUUGUAAACACCAAGAUGAAUUUAUUCUUUUUUUCUUUCUUUUAAAUUUACUAUCAUUACAGUUAAACUGAGUGUUAACUAAAAGUGGGACAUUUAAGAGAGAUAAAUAAUCUAAUUAGUAUUAUUAAGGCUAUUAAACGUCUUCAUGAAGGAGCACACAAAAGUUGCAAAAGACAAAUGGUAUGAACCAAAAAAAAUGUCUACUUACAAUACUUAGUUACUUUACGAGAAUAUCAAUGGAAUAUAUCCCUUAGUUUACUCAUUGGGGUUCACGUACUUAGAAUUCAACGGAACCACUUCGUCAUCCUCUAUGAAUUUUGUUGUUAAGUAUAAGCUAUAAAUGGCCACACCAAUUUUUCUUACUGCAAGGCAUUCUAAAAGUUUUCUUUUAAAAAAGCUCCUAGGACAAUUUUUCCAUGGCUUCCAAGAUUAUUUUCUGUUUUAUGAUUGGGCUUGCAGGAUUUUUGCCUACAAUCACAAUGGCAACUGAGUAUUGGGUUGGGGGUGAGAAAGGCUGGACCCUUGAUGUUGAUUAUCAAGAUUGGGCCAAGGAUAAAACUUUCAAGAUUGGAGACACCUUAGUUUUUAAGUAUCCCCAAGGGAGUCAUAAUGUGUUCAAAGUGGACCAAACAGCUUUCAAGGACUGCAAAGUCCCUCCACCAAGUGAAGGACUUACUACAGGCCAUGAUGUGAUUACAUUGGCUAGCCCUGGUAAAAAAUGGUACAUUUGUGGUUUUCCUACACAUUGCUCUGACCAUAACCAAAAGCUUGUCAUCAACGUCGAGGACGGAGCUCCGGCACCAGCACCUGCAGCUCCGGCAGCAGCAAUGGAGUAUUGGGUUGGAGGUGAUAAGGGAUGGACCAUUGAUGUAGAUUAUCAAGCUUGGGCCAAGGACAAAACUUUUAAGGUUGGAGACACCUUAGUUUUUAAGUAUACCAAAGGGCAUCAUAAUGUGUUAAAAGUAAACCAAACAGGUUUCAAAGACUGCAUAGUUACUCUACCAAGUGAAGUAUUAACUUCUGGUAAUGAUGCAAUCACUUUGACAUCUCCUGGCAAAAAAUGGUACAUUUGUGGUAUGCCAACACAUUGCUCCGACCAUAACCAAAAGCUUGUCAUCACUGUGGAAGCCGGAGCUCCGACACAGGCACCGGGACCACCCCCUAAAGAUGGUUCAAACAAUUCAUACAAGUUUACUACAUCUGCAAACAAGAUUUUUGUUGGUGGUCUGGUUUUAAUUUGGACAAUUCUAACAUUAGUUUAAUCCAAGUUGAGUGAACUUUGGAAUGUUACAUUUGUGUUGGAACUUAGGACUUUUGCCUUCUUCUAGGCAGGAAUAAAUGAAUAAUUUGGUUAUCUUUUGAGGAGAGAUUUUUAUUUUGUGAGGGAUGCGAGGGUGCUAAUAAUGCUAUCUAAGUCUUUUCAUUGACUGUAACGAUAUUUCUACCUGUAUGUGUACCUGGAAUAAUAACUUUUUAUCCCCUUCUUUCAU